ACCUUUUCCUUGGCAGAGGAGGAGGCGAAAAAUAGGAAGAGACUCUGGAGGAGAGCCGGAGCCGUGGAUAGCCUGCCCUACGGGAUAGUACAAACGCUGGCAUCGGCCGGGGCCGGGAUUUCGGGCAUUGGGAACUAAGGGAAAGAGGAAAAGCAACGAGGAAGCAAGCAGUCGGGAUAGGUACAGUCCGGGAAGGAGAUUAAAGAGAGAGCCCUCCUGCAGAUCUGCACGGACCCUUAAGGAAAUGGAUCGUGGGGGGAUUUUUGAGGAGACUGCAAGGAUGAUAUAAAGCCAAUACAACUAUUGUAGUGGAGAGAAAAAAAAGUUACAACUCUUGCCCGAGGUCAAGGAUGUAAAGGCUAGAACUGUUACAGCUGAGGGGGAACUUCAAUCCUAUUCUUUCCAAGACCAGGGUGUAGUUUGUAUCUCUAAUCAACCUCUCCAUGCCUUCUUGGGUAAAUGGUUCUGUAGAACCAAGCAGGGCUACUUUCUGAGUUCCCUGGCCCGAUCCUGGCCUCCGUCAACAGGGACUUCUAUCCCACAGCAAUUUCCUGUUCUUGGGCUCUUGGAAAGUGGUUCAGCUGAACUGGCUAUGCAGCAGUUGAAUCAGGCUCUCGUACUUCCAAUAAUGGAGCCAUAAUCUGGCUAAAUAGGCAAGAGAGAAGAAGAGGAAGGAAAAGAGGAACAAAAGAGAAGAGUGGCUGUCUAACUUUGGUUGUGUACCAUGAGUGGUGGAAGAUUUGAUUUUGAUGAUGGAGGAGCCUACUGUGGGGGCUGGGAAGGUGGCAAAGCCCACGGGCAUGGCAUCUGUACUGGCCCCAAGGGUCAGGGCGAAUACUCUGGCUCUUGGAACUAUGGAUUUGAAGUGGUGGGGGUAUACACGUGGCCCAGUGGCAAUACCUAUGAGGGUUACUGGUCUCAAGGAAAGCGCCAUGGCUUAGGGAUUGAAACCAAAGGACGAUGGCUUUACAAAGGUGAAUGGACCCAUGGUUUCAAGGGAAGAUAUGGCAUAAGGCAGAAUAUCGGCAAUGGAGCAAAGUACGAAGGUACCUGGAAUAACGGGCUGCAAGAUGGAUAUGGCACAGAGACUUAUGCUGAUGGAGGUACCUAUCAAGGCCAGUUCACCAAUGGCAUGCGCCAUGGUUAUGGAGUCCGUCAAAGUGUCCCAUACGGCAUUGCAGCUGUGGUCCGCAACCCUUUAAGAACCUCCCUUACGUCCCUACGGAGUGAGCACAGCAAUGGCACACUGCUACAACAUGAUUUGCCAUCAGCAAACCAGGAACACGUUCCCAUAUCACCUACCAUAACUCGGGGUGGCUUUGCUCUCAGCUUGUAUGCAGAUGCUGAUGCUGGCAAAUUAAAGAAGGGGGGACUCUUCAGGCGGAGCUCCUUGUUCGGGAAACUCAAGAAAUCUGACUCCAAGACCUCUUUGUCCAGCCAAAGGAGUCGACUCAGUUUCCUUAAGAGUGAGAGUGGGAUGAGCUCUACAGGUAGUGAUGCUGCCUCCACUGCCAGCCUAGGAGAAGGAGUGGAAGGAGAGGACUUCCCACCUUUUGAUGCUGACAUUGAUGCCACCACCACAGAAUCCUACAUGGGAGAGUGGAAGAAUGACAAGCGUUCAGGGUUUGGCAUAAGUGAGCGAUCAAGUGGCCUGAAGUAUGAGGGCGAAUGGCUGGAUAACGUGCGGCAUGGAUAUGGUUGUACCACGUUGCCUGAUGGGAAGAAGGAAGAAGGAAAAUAUCGCAUGAAUGUAUUGAUCAGAGGCAUGAAGAAACGGGUGAUACCUCUAAAAAGUGCAAAGAUAAGACAGAAAGUGGACCGGAGUAUAGAAGGUGCUCAGAGAGCAGCAGCCAUCGCCAGACAGAAAUCUGAGAUUGCAGCUUCUAGGACUGCCCACGCCAAAGCCAAGUCAGAAGGUGCAGAGCAAGCAGCAGUAGCAGCUAACAAUGAAUCCAUGUUAGCCAGGUCGAUGGCCAGGGAAUUGUCUCCAGACUUCUAUCAGCCAGGCCCUGAAUAUCUGAAGAGGAGGCUACUCCAGGAACUCAUGGAAAAUGAGGAAAAUGUUGAGCAUAUAGAAGAAACGCCCCCUGUUGAAGAGACAUCUCCAGCAACACCUCCAGAAAGUCCUCAAGCUGAUGAGCAGGAGUUCAUGAAACCUAAGGAGAGUCCAGCUCCAACUCCAUCACCAUCGGGCACACCACCUGAGGCCAAGCGUGCUAAGCAGGGUUCACAGAAAGAUGGCUUUCUCAGCCCUGGGAACUGGAAUGGAGAUCAUAGCAAGAAUGGGAAUUAUACAGGAAGUAGACCCAAUACAUCUUCUAGUGCUCCACUGGCACCAGUGGAGAAGUCAGGAAGUAACAUCAGACCUGCUUCUCAUAGCGCCAGUCGUCCCAGCCAUAUGAAGAUUGCUACCGAUAGGAUGGAGAUCAAGCCUCUUGAAAGGAUACAGAAAGGAGGUGAAAUUAAAUUAUUUGAAGGCUAUCACAGUUAUGCUGUGCGGACCUCUCCAGUUACUCCCCCAAUGGAUAAUGAAGAAGACCCAUUCUCAGACUCCACGUUUCCUACCAAGUCAAGGUCCCCACAGCCGGAAGCUGAUGUGAAAGCAGUGGAUCACAAAUUAGAGCCAGAAAAGAAGGAAAGUACACCUGUCACCCAACAUGAACCAGGUCAUAAAGAGAAAAAAAUAAUCAAGACGGAAUCUAAGCUUGAGCCCAAACAACAUCCACCUGAGCCUAAAGUAGAAGAGAAAGUAGAAGCUGUGAGUGAAACUAAGCCUGAAGUCAAGAUAGUAGCUAAAACUGAGCCCAAGGCUGUGGUGAAAAAAGUUUCUCCACCAGAAGCAGCCACAAAAGAGGUGGUAGAACAAGAAGAGGGACCUAACACAAUAAUCAUCUGCAUGGUCAUUUUAUUGAACAUUGGCCUGUCUAUCUUAUUUGUACAUUUUCUGACAUGAUGAGAUACUGAAACAAGAAGUUUAUGCUGGUCCAAACAACAAUCCUGAUCAGAGAUAACAUCAGCCAUUCAGAGCUAUGUUAAAAGGAAGAAGCACAGAAGCACCCAGGGAGGGUACUGUGGUCACGAACUUUUAUGCAAUGCUUCUGGCAAACUAUUUUGCUCCAAUGGUUCUAGGAAGAGAUCUCGAAUUUUACAACUCCUUUUAUUCUUCCUUUUGUUUUGAGUCUGUGUUGCUUGAAGAUUUAUAAUUUUGAUGAACUGCACUGCCACUUGUUGAAGAAACAAGGACGCAACUUAAUUGUGGAAUGGAAACACAAACUAAAAAGUCUUUUCUUUGAAUUUCACUGUGAAAACAUCAGACUUGGUGGUACAAAUCUUCCGAUUCCCGUAUUUCUAAAUUGUGCUGCAGCUCUGAAUCAUGAUUAACUCUGAGAAUGUGCUGAAGGUCGCUGGGGGUGGGUGGAGGGCAUUUAUUGCAAGCCCCUUAUUGUAUUUUGAGCAAUUAUCCAAGUCCCAUGAAAAA